CUUUGCAAGACUUGUAAAAUGGCCUCUCAGUCUCAACUUGCUGAAGUAUCUUCCGCUUUUGAGAGGAUGUUGAGGCGUAGAGAUCUUUCUUUGUUUUUGCCCCUCAUCUUGGGCGUUACCGGCACCAACCCAGAUCAAGAAAGAAUAAUCCUUAUUAACCCUUUCACUCAAGGGAUGGUGAUGAUUGAAGGAGCUGGGGACUUGGGUUCUCUUCUUAGAGAGUUAGCUACCAAGAAUGGUCAACCUCCUGCCUCAAAGGCAUCCAUAGAGGCCUUGCCUAGUGUAGAGAUUUCAGAAAUUGGUGAUCGUGAUUGUGAGUGUGUGAUCUGUUUAGAGGAGUGGGAGCUUGGUGGGUUGGCCAAGGAGAUGCCCUGUAACCAUAGGUUUCAUGCUCAUUGUAUAAAUAAGUGGUUGGAGAUUCAUGGGUCGUGCCCUGUUUGCAGGUAUACGAUGCAUGUUGAUGAGGUGGAUUUAGGCAAACAGAGGGAGGAAGAAGAAGAAGAAGAA